AUGUGAUAAAUAUAUAAUUUUAAUUUAAAGCUUUUAGUCAUGUCAUAAAUUUAAUAAAAAAAAAUAAAUUUAAUAAAAAUAGAAUAAAAUCUAGAAAAUGUUUAGAACAUGGAGAUCUUGUUUUUAUCGUUUCAAAAUAAAAUAUUUUUUGUUUGGUAUAAUAUGCGUAUUUUUAAUAGAUUUUUUCGGUAUAUUUACACAUCUUUUUGAAUUAAAUUUUGAAACUUCAUUUAGUUACCCAUUAGAUGGUGAUGUAUUACGUUAUGCUCAUCAAAUUCGAUAUAAUCAAGAACGUGAUGUUGAACCAAUAAAUUUUUAUAAUUAUACAUUUCUUAAAAAAUGCGAAAACAAAUGUUUAGAAGAUGGUCAUACAGUAGCACCAAAAGUUACCUUCAUAGUUAAAUCAUCAAUGAAAAAUUUUAAUCAAAGACUAGCAAUACGUAAGACUUGGGGCUAUGAAAGACGUUUUUCAGAUAUUGUGAUAAAAACUGUUUUUGUACUUGGUAUUAAUGAUAAUCGAGAAUUACAAAAACAUAUUGAUAUAGAAUCGGAACAAUAUCAAGAUAUUGUACAAGCUGAUUUUAUUGAUACUUAUUUUAACAAUACUAUUAAAACAAUGAUGGGUUUUCAGUGGGCAGUUAAAUACUGUUUACGAAGUGAAUUUUUCAUGUUCGUUGACGAUGAUUAUUAUGUUUCAACAAAAAAUGUUUUAAGAUUUAUUAGAUAUCCAACAAAGUAUCCAGAAUAUUUAGAAGCCGCAGAUGAAGCUUUAAGAAAACUGGCACGACGUUUAAAGCAAUCAGAUUUAAAAAAUGAAACACUAAAAUCUGAAUUAUAUAAGGAAGCUAAUAAAUUAUUGGCUCAAGGAAUGAAUUCAGUUGAUAAUAAAAAGCAUUAUCAUAAAAUUGAAGAAUUUGUUAUCAAAGGAAAAAUUGAAGAAAAUUCAAAAGAGAAAGUUAGAAGAAAACGCAAUUUAAUGGAUAUGGAGUUGCCUAAAAAUGCAAAAUUAUUCUCAGGUUUUGUAUUUUCAUCAUCACCACAUCGUCAUAAGUCAAGUAAAUGGUAUGUUAGUUUGGAAGAAUAUCCAUAUCAUUUAUGGCCACCGUAUGUAACAGCUGGUGCAUUCAUCUUAUCACGUGAAGCUUUAUUAGAAAUGUUCUUUGUUAGUAUGUUUACGAAGCAUUUUCGAUUUGAUGAUAUAUAUUUGGGAAUUGUAGCUUACAAAGCUAAAAUACAACCACUUCAUAAUGAAGAGUUUUACUUUUAUAAAGCGACCUAUAGGGGACCGCCUAGCUAUAGAUAUGUUAUAGCCUCACAUGGUUAUACAGAUCCAGAAGAAUUAAAUCAAGUGUGGUCGGAAGUAAGAGCUGCUGGUUAUGCUUAAUUUUUCAAUAUAUUCAUUUUAAAUUUUGAUUAUAUAUACAAUAGAAAUUUUAAAAAUUAUGUAUAACAAAUUAUAGUACUUUAUACCUACCUUAUGAUAUUUAAUUCUUAAAAGCCAAAAUAUAUGAAAAACUUAAAA